ACGAGGUCGUGCAGCGGUGGGGCGAGGUACUGAGAUAUCACUCCGCACUUGCGAACCGCUCAAAAAGAACAGCAAUCAUGUCUUGGGAUGCUUGGUGCGAUCAAGCCAUUACAUUUAAAGGAAAGACAGUCGGGGUCGGAGCUGGAAUCUUUUGCAGACAAAGUGGCGCGCCAUGGGGAGUGAAACCAGCGACAUUUCAAAUUCCUCAAGAUGUUGUGAUGAGUAUAAUACAGCAUAUAGAAGGAACUAGGAGGGACGGUGUUGUAAUAAAUGGUAACAAAUACAUGUUUCUGCGAUCCAUCGAGACGGACGGAAACAAAUAUGCAAUGUUCAAAUGUAAACAGGAUGGCCUAACAUGUGCUCUAGCCAACAAAUGUGUCAUCAUUGGCAAGUAUGUGGAAGGUAUGCAAGGUGGUCAACAUACGGAGGCUGUCUACAAUAUGUUGACAAUGUUAAAGUCCAUGAAUUAUUAACCAGUAUGUAAAGGGGGAUAAAGUUAUUUUUAGUUCUGCCAUAUAAUUUGGCCUCAACAAAGUUGCUACUCCGAUCAACUGUACACAGCAGAGGUUGGCUUUCUACAGGAUGUGAUGUUGAGAACCACAUGACAACAUGACACUACGAAUUAACCCGUGCUACUUGAACGUUUUCAAGCUCCAGUGCUCUCGAGGAAUCUGAUGAUACCUUUACAUCUACUGAGGAUAGGUGUCCAAAGACCGCACUGCUCAUUGAGGACAUUUAUGGGUAGUACGACCAAUAUUUCCUGCAGUGGGAGGUGCCUACUCUUGGAUGCUUACCCAGAGUUCAUGUGCUGCUCAACAACACAUUUUAAUUGUUGCCAAAGUUUUGAAGAAAAAGAAAAGAAAACCUUCUAAUACUGCUCGUCUGUGCAGCAUCAGUAAAGGAUGAAGAUACUUCAAAUGGUGGAAUUACACACUAUUGAAUCUUUCACCUUUGGGAUACUUGACCUGUAUGUGUGAUGUUGACUUGUAGCUGGGUGGGGGUAUUGGCUU